GAAAUUCACGACAAGAUGAGCCCGCAAUUUGGGGCUAUUGAACGCGAAUAAUGAUCGUGCUCCAGUCGUGUUGUUCCUCCGGUAACCGGACUGAUCGGAACACGAGAAGUCGUGACGGCGGAGGCGGCGCGUCUCUGUUUUGUCUGCGCGCUCGAUGCGUCUCCUCGCAGUCGCAUUCGGACGCGCGCAGACAGGACUUUCAUCCGGGCGCUGUUCCUGGGGGAGGGGAUCGAGUCGAAGAAAAGAAAAUAGCGCAAGCAAGAAGUGAGAGACAAAGAGGAAAGAGUCACAGAUGAGAAGUUUACAGGGACGCGAACACGUGGAGGAAUAAAAGAGCGCGUUCGUUUUAAAGCGCAACUCUCGUCGCUUUUAUAAAGACUUUAACUUCGACUUAAUAAGAUGUAAAAGUUGGAUAGAAGCGUGAUUUGUCUUCUGGAUCAUUAUGGAAAAGCAGAAGAGCUGGAAGUUGUUGAGGGAUUCGCUCAUUCUCUGCUUAUUAUCCGGUCGUGGUCACGCUCAGUGUGAUGGCUGUAUGGAGUAUUGUUGUGAUGGUGUGCCUCCUUUCUGCUGUUCUUACUAUGCCUAUGUUGGAGAUGUGCUUUCGGGGACGGCCAUUUCAGGGAUUGUGUUUGGUGUUGUGUUUCUGAUGGGCGCUGCGGCUGCCAUCUUUCUGUGUAUCUGUAUGUGUGUGAAGAACGGGCGUGGGGCAAGAGUUGGUGUCUUCAAUACCUCAUAUAUCAACACAGUUUCUCAGGGUUACCCAGGUCCACCUCCACCGUACAGUUAUGAAUAUGAGAUGUAUCCCACAGAUCUGCGGCCACCACCGUACACACCGACUCCACCCAGAGCAACAAACUCUCCUCCACCACCAUAUCCAGGAUUCAAUGGGAAAUGAACUGAGAUGAACCCAUCGUGUGUUCUGGAUGAAACAGCUCUAUUUACCUGUAUGAGCCGGUACCUGACCGCAUCUCCGCUCGACUGGAAGGAACUGGAGAAUCCAUCGAGCAGCCAUACAGAGGCUCUUAGACAGGGAUCUGCACGUUUUCGACAGCAUGGACUUCUAAUGAGAAAUCUGCUGAACAGUGAUAGGACAUAAGGGCGGGACACUCAAUUAAAAUGAGUGACUUUAGAUAAUCAAUGUGUUUUACUGUGAAACAUAUUAUGUUAGAUUUAACUGUUAUGACACGAAAAGAAAAUACAUUAAAUUAAUGGCCAGUAUGGAAAUAAGCCACAUUACUGAGCAACACUGUGUUCUUUUACCUGCGGUACGUUUGUGUGAUAUGGCCACACAAUGUUCAGCAAUAUUCAUUUUGUGUCUGUUGACGGAAAAUGUUGAAACUAUUUAUUUAUUCAGAAUGACUAUAUUUGAAAUAUCAGGUGCAAUUUUGAUGCAGAAGAAAAAGACAGUUUUACUAGAUUUUGACCUCAUGAGAAAGCUGACAUCUGCAUACUUGUUAUUCACAGGCAGUUGGUCAUCAUAAUGUAUUCAAUUUUCAAACAUUUACAAGAAACUACACUUUAAAAAUGUAUGUGUAUUUUACUUACAAUAAAAUC